AUGUAUAGAAAAGCUGCUGGUGCAAUUGGUACAGAUCAUCAUUUAAUGCGAAUAAAAAUUAAACUACACUUUAAAAGUAGAAGGAAAUUAGUUCAGAAGAAAGUAGUUUAUGAUCCAAUAAAAAUGAAAAAUGAUAAUGCAUUAAAACAAUUUCAAAAAGAUCUCAUUCCAACACUUUCCGAUGCAACUGACAAAACAAUUAGUAUUGAUGAGAAAUAUGAUCGAUUUGUUGAACAUAUGAAAACAAAUGCAGAGAAAAUUUUUAAAAUAGAUAAGAACAAAAUUCGUAAACGUAAAGAAUGGCUUACUGAUGAAAUAUUAGAAAUUGUAGAAAAGAAAGCAACAGCUUUUGUUAAUUGGCAAAAUCACCGAGGAACAAAAUUAGAAAUUGAAUAUGCUAAUAAAUAUAAACGUUUAAGAAAAUUAGCAAAGACCAAAAUUGAUAAACGUCAGGAAAAGUAUUGGGAUCAAAUAUGUGAAGAGAUUGAGUUAUCUAUUAAAUUAAAUGAUCCAGCAAAUGCAUUUAAUAUUAUUAGAUGA